UAAAUCCAAAAUGCUACAAAUGCAGAAAGCUUUUCACUCACAAAAAGGAAAGGGCAAAAAAAUGUUCAGAAAACAUUAAAUGAACUGAAAAUGUCUCUGCAUGAAAGAGUGUCGAUCACAUUUAUUGAUCCGUUAUAAACACAGAGCUGGACCCGGUCGGAGGAGGAGGGGAAACGUGACUAAACCCUUUCCUCCUGCAGAGGAAACAGGAGGCGUGACCUCCUCCCUCCCCUCCUCCUUCUCUCUCCUCCAGCUGUUUAAAACCGGCUGGCGCGUGAGCCACACAGAUGCAGACAUGACGGCAGUGGGAGAACUGGUGCUGGUGCUGGGAUUACUGGUGAGCGCUCACUGCGAGGUGAGAGCACGAGACCCCGAGGUGGAGGAGGAGGAAGGGGAGCUGGGAGGAGGAGGAGGAGGAGGAGGAGGAGUGUUCCCCCUUCACCCCAGGACGACCGAGACCAGCCCACUGGGAGAGACGGGGAGCAAUCCGGCCCGAUCCGGGAACUGGUGUCCGUUCGUGCAUAAGCAUGUGCAAACGAUGGCAGUUAUGUGUGGAACAGAGAAGUACACCAUCAAGUCUCAGAGUCCAUGUCCGAGCGGGACGCCCGACUGUCACCUGACCAUGUACAAGCUGUCCACACGGCCGAUUUACAGGCAGCAGCAGAAGAUCGUAACCGCUCUGCUGUGGCGCUGCUGUCCGGGACACGGAGGACACAACUGCGAGGACACAGUCUCAGGCCCUCGGCAGGAUUCUGAAAGCUCGACUCUGAUUGGACGAUCUGAAGCAGGCACAUCAGAGGUCAAGGCUCCAGUUGUUCAUACUCGGCCCCAGCAGCGGGGCGGAGACCUGAACCACGAACAGAACGACCACCAAGUGGCCGACAGCACGCUGUAUGAUGCCAGCUACCCAAGCAGCCAGGACAACGACACACAGCCCACCCCGGGGCCAGAACACGCCCACAAACGCCAUCAUACAUCAUACCAGGCGAUGAACACUCACAACCACGACCGACACCCCCACCACCUCGAUCGUGAUCACCCACAGCAGGAACACCGAACGCCAGAGGACCUCAGUGCCGCCCCUCUCCCAUAUCCCGGUGCCCUUAUUCCCCUUAUUGUCCCCUACAUGAUGGACCGGGUGUGGUCCCAGCUACAGCCGGUCAUGGAGCACUUUAACCACUCACUGGAACACCUGAGCCAGAGGGUAGGUGACCUGGCCCAUGAUGUGGCCCAGCUGAAGAGCAGCCAGCUGGGGGCGGGGCAUCAGAUGACUCUUCAGGAGGAGCGUGAUGACGGGGUGGAGGAGCGGUUGGACGCCAGAUUAGAUGAAGUGAUUCAGAACAUCGGGGAGGUCAAGAGGCAGGUGGAGGCGCAGCAGACUGAGAUGGAGAAGAGGCUGCACUCGCAGCAUGUAAUGCUGCACUACAACCUCACCAGCUUCAAGGCCGACAUCGACGUGAAGCUGAAACACCAGCAGAAGACGCUGCAGGUCAGCCUGCAGGCCAUGAACGCCACGCUGACAGAGCUGAAGUUGGACCAGUGGCAGAUGGCUGAGGAUGAGCAGGAUCAGGACGACCUCCAUCCGCCCACCAACCCUCCACACCAGCUGCCGCCUCCCACGGACGCCUCAGAGCUGUGGGACGCCAUCGACCGGCUGGACAACACGGUGGUCAACAACACGGUGAAGGUGACCACACUGGUGGAGGAUGCGGCGGUGACAUCGCGCGCCGUCCAGCAGCUGAGUCGGCACGUUAAGGAGCUGGAAAAGCAGAUCAACGACACGGCGCGGCGCACCCAGGUGCUGUUCAUGGAGACGGGGCUGGAGGUGGAGGACGCCAAAGUGAAGGUGCUGAAUCGUGUAAAAGAGCUGGCGGGGAAGCUGAGCCAGCAGGUUAAACGACUGGACGAUGUUGAGGAGGACAUGGACUGCCUGUGGACGAUCCCGAACACCUGCAAGAACAACUCGCGCAUCGAAUGCAACUGUGAGAGCUUGCAGGCGACCGUGGCUAUCUUGCAGAGGGACGUGGCCAACGUGACCGAGCUGGCCAAUGAGAACAGAUUAGCUCUGGACGAGAACAGCAGGGGAGGGCAUUGGGGUACGAGCAGCGACUGGGAGCCGGCGGUAAAGGCGCUCCAACUUGGCCUCCACAGGGAGCAGAGCAGGAUCAGGACUCUGGACCUCGGCCUGGCCCACCUGAAUGCCUCAGUCUCUGGCCUGAAGCACGCAGACAGACAGCAGGACGCCAAGAUAAAGGUGCUGGACACCACCUUCAACAUCCUCCUCCAAGACGCCAGCCGACACAGCAGGGUACUGAAGAUGUUGCUGGGAGACGAGGUGAUCGACUUCUUGAAGAUGAUCAGCCUGAGGGAGAAGGAGAGGCCGGACCACGAGGACGAGGAGGAGGAGGAGGCUGACUUCAUCUCCGUCCAGGCUCUGAAGGAGGACCUGAGGCACCUGCAGGAGCAGCUGAGAGAACACGAGCAAACGAUCAUCAUGCUGAAGCAGGGCCAGACGGGAGGCAGAGAGGAGGUUCCGUCUGCAGACCAGCCUCCCUCCUGGUUGCCCGGUGACCCAAGGAGGGGCGGCGGCGACGGACUUCCUGCUAGGGAGCAGCAGAUGCUCUUCCAUCCCGGGGAUGGCGGUGACCUAUGGAACCUGGAGAGGAAGGUGGAGGAGGUGGAGCGCAGGCUAUCCCAGCUGGAGGAGAAAACGUGCUCCUGCCCCAACGUCUCACGUGUGGCUGCCACGGUGAUGAAUGAGGUGAUUUGGCUGAAAAAGGGGCUGGAGCAACACCUGGGGGUGUUCAAGAACGUCUUCAGCAACGCCGACGUGCUGGCGAGAUCCAACGCCACGUUGGAGCUGGAUAAGCUGUGGCAGCUGCUGAAGAAGAAAGAGAAGAAGAAGCAAGGAGGACGGAGGGAGGAGUCAGAGAGGGGAGGAAAGCGGCGCAGCAGGAGGGAGUCACCAGGUGAGGUUUCAGGUGAACCCGUCCCCGCCAGCCUAUCAGAACGCGCCCCGCUGUUCGUUGCUCGGUCUCUUCAGAGCGUCUCUGGCGUUGUUGUUUUUGAGCCGUCUUUGACCCAGGGUCAGUUUUACUCUGGCAGUACCUUCACAGUUCCAGUGGAUGGGAUCUACCUGUUUGUCCUCACCUUGCACCUGAGACCAGGCCCCGCCCAUGUGGUCCUAAGGAGCAUGGGGGAGGAGGAGGAGAAGGGCGGAGCGUGGGUGCCUCUGCAGAGGCAGGAAGUAAGUAAGGAGGGGCCGGCUACCGGGGUCAGCCUCCUGCUGCUGAGGGAGGGGCAGGAGGUGAGGCUGGAACUGAGGGGAGGAGAGUGGGCGGAGUCAGAGGACGACAUGUUCGCAUGUGUGCUGCUCUACCCAACCACCUGAGAGCGCUGUGGACCAAUCAGCUGACAGCUGAAGGAACUGGUUGGAUAAAUGGACGGAUGAAGGCAGCUUAGAGGACCAGGAGGGGUGAAAUAAUCCGAUGUUGUGAUUUCAGCUCAGAAGAAGAAUUCUGUUUUUUUUAAUGUCAUAUUUAGCGUGACGGCCAGUUUGUUCCAGUUUGGUUCCAGCAAAACACUGAGGAAAAGAAUAUGCUAGAAAUAAGCAAAAGAAAAAAUCUAAACCUCUCAAACCUACAGUAUGCACUCACUGCCACUUUAUUAGGUGCAUCUUCCUGUAAAUAUCUAAUCAGCCAAUCACAGAGCAGCAGCUCAAAGCAUUUAAGCAUGCAGACGAGCUGCUGAAGUUCAGACUGAGAAAGGAGGAGUAAGAGACUCAAAGUUGGUCUGAGUGUUUCACACAGAGCUCAUAGAGGAAACAUCCAGUGAGCAGCUCUCAGGGAGGAAAUGACUCGCUGAGGUCAGAGGACGAUACACAGACUGCUUCAAGCUGAUAGGAAAGAAACGGGAAGUCACUCGUUACAGCCGGGCUCUGCAGAAGAGCAUCUGUGAAUGUGCAGCAGCAGCAGAAGAGCAGUCCUGUGUUAAGAACAGGAAGCUGAGGCUACAGCUCACACAGAAACCUGGACAGCAGAGGAUGGAGAAACGUUUCCUGCUCUGUGAGUGUCAGAUGGUCAGUUAAUCCAUCCUGCCUGCGUCAGACCUCAGCCUGCUGCUGCUGCUGCUGUGAUCAGGGCCACGCCCGUCCUCUGAUGUCACAAAGCGAGUUCACUCAGGCGGCUCCACAGUCACAGAUCUCAGUUUAACAGAGCAGCUUUGAGAUGUGGAGGAGUGGGAGGGUGUCAUCACAGAUGCAGCAGCUGAGUGAUGAUGUCGUGAUGAUGUCGUGUCACCAUGGAUGAGGACCUUGUCAUGUCUGUCGUGAAGGAUUAAAAGCAGCUCUAGGUGUACCUAAUAAAGUGGCAGUAAGCCUCCAAACUACAUUUUUGGUUCUACUGAAAAAAAGGCGGACGUCUGUGUGAUCUUCAUAUGGAGAGUAACUCCAUAUGAAGUAACUCCAUGGACGUGAAGUUUAUGUUUUUAUUUUUAUUUUUUAAAUUGUCAACACUUGCCCCGUGUAUCCUGUCAGCGUUGAUUCUGGGAGUUGAAGGAGGGUUUGACCCGAUGAGUCUUUGCUCGUGUUUUGAAUCAUUAGACUAAAACAGAGAGCACAGCUCAGCCUCGUGUUUCUAACAUUCAGUUGCAGGUUUUGGUUAUUUGAAGGUUUUUAAAAGCAGAGCUCAGCAGGAAAGCUCUGGUUUCAUACAUGUGACAAAAAAAAGGAUUUUCUUCUUCUGCUGUCAAAACUACAGAAUCGACGUCUCCUGAAAACCCUCAGCUCUGUGCAACGCCGUGACGCUGAAAGUCUGGACGGACUUGAGUGAAAGCCACGCCCGUGUGAUGGGUGGGGCUUAUAGCAGAGAGCUCAUACAAGCUUAAAAAUGCUCAAUCACUGACCAAUCAGGGUGGACAUAAAGUGGGAAAUGUUUUUGUUAUUUUAAACUUGAGGCAAUUUUUAAUUUUUACUUUAUUUUACAUGAAGAAAAUAUUUGAAUGUAAAGUCACGAGUUUCAUGAUGUAAAAACACAGCAGAAAAUAUUUAAAUAAACCCUGAAUGAGACAAUGAA